AUGAUUUUAAGAUUUUUGGGUUGGGCUGAGCUUCGUUUGCAACCAUUGGAAGAACAUAGACAGAUUGGAGGAUGUCCAGAAGAUAGCAGCCAAUAUGGCCUGGAAGAAAAAAGUAAAUAUGAGGGAUCAUUAGAGGAAAAACAUAGACAGAUUGGAGGAUGUCCAGAAGAUAGCAGCCAAUAUGGCCUGGAAGAAAAAAGUAAAUAUGAGGGAUCAUUAGAGGCCUGUGAAAGAGAUCUGCAGUGUGGAAGUGGAACAUGUUGUGCCAUCAGCUUGUGGCUCCGUGGGCUUCGUAUGUGCACCCCAUUGGGACUUGAAGGAGAUGAAUGCCACCCUAUUAGCCAUAAGGUCCCUUUCUUCGGAAAACGGCAACAUCAUACCUGUCCUUGUUUGCCAAAUCUCAUAUGCUCUAAAUUCAUUGAUGGUCGAUACCGAUGCUCAAUAGACUUCAAGAACAUGGAUUUUUAAUGAAAAGUGCUUUGUGACCUUCAUACCUUUAAAUCCACAGCAUGUUAAAAAGUGUUGAAGAUAAUUGUCAGUUUACACAAAUGACUUAAAUGGGCUGUCAGUAAUUAGUAACUUCUGGAUGUGCAGAUAUUGUUCCUGUAAAACAAAUGAAGAGAUUCCAGAACUGGGAUUAAAAAUGUAAACUUGCAGAAUGA